UGACCGGAAGUGACUUAAUGCAUUUCAGCCGUGAUUUCCUUGAUUUGAUGUUUAGUUUAUGUCCACAACAACAACUAUCGUUAAAAUAGUAAACGCUGGACGUUCGUUUUAAGUAGUACUUCAGUUAGUCGUUUUAAGCAUGACGGCAAUUAACGAAAGCUCCAUGCGGAAAAUGCUGUCGAAGAUUUAUAAAUACAGGGAUUUGACAGCACGCGACAUAACAAACGUGACCUCGCACUAUAAAGAUCUUAAACCUGUGAUGGACAACUACGUGUUCAAUGAUGGCUCCACCAAAGAGUUGUUGAGUCUCACAGGAACAGUGCCAGUGAACUACCGAGGUAAUGUGUACAACAUUCCCAUCUGCCUGUGGCUUCUAGACACAUAUCCCUACAACCCUCCCAUCUGUUUUGUCAAACCCACAAGUGCCAUGAUGAUAAAAACAGGGAAACAUGUUGAUGCCAACGGAAAAAUAUACCUCCCUUACCUGCAUGAAUGGAAACCUCCCCAGUCUGAAUUGUCAGGAUUGAUCCAGGUGAUGAUUGUAGUGUUUGGAGAGGAACCACCCGUUUUCUCCCGGCCCACCGCUCAGGCAACUUACCCAUCAUUCCCAGCAGCAGGCCCACCUAACACUUCUUACAUGCCGAGCACACCAGGGUUGCCUUAUGGUCAAGGUCACUCUGCCAAUCCAGGUGGAUUUCAGGGCUACCCUUAUCCUGCAGUAGGCUCUGGAUACCCCACUACCUCAGGCUCCUCUCUCUACACGCCAGCGUCUUCUGUCACUACAGUGGGCCCCACCCGCGACGGAACCAUCGGUGAAGACACAAUCCGUGCAUCUUUGGUGUCUGCGGUCAGUGACAAGCUGCGCAGGAGGAUGAAAGAAGAGAUGGAUCGAGCGCAGGCAGAGCUGGAUGCACUGAAAAGGACGGAGGAGGACCUAAAAAGAGGCCACCAGAAGCUGGAGGAGAUGGUGACCAAACUAGACCUGGAGAUGGCUGAUGUGGACAAAAACAUUGAUCUUCUUAAGCAGAAAGAUGAUGAGCUGACUACUGCGCUGGAAAAGAUGGAGAACCAGUCUGAGAACAAUGAUAUUGAUGAUGUGAUUGUGCCCACCGCUCCUUUGUACAAGCAGAUUCUGAACCUCUACGCCGAAGAAAACGCCAUAGAAGACACAAUCUUCUACUUGGGUGAAGCGUUGCGCAGAGAUGUCAUUGACUUGGAUGUCUUUCUUAAGCACGUGCGCCUUCUCUCCAGGAAACAGUUCCAACUGAGAGCCCUGAUGCAGAAAGCCCGGAAAAUAGCAGGCCUCAGUGACCUGUACUGACCUGCCCAAAUAAAUCAUUCUCCUCUGCUUUUAGCUGUAACACACGUACUAUAUGGCAAAGACGCUACAUUUUACUCAAGAACAGGAAGUCGGGGACCCUGCAAGUACAGAAAGGUAACUAAUAUACCCAGGACCAAAAUAUUCACGUUUACAUUCAUAUCAUUAUUAAAGACAACAAGUGCUUUGAAUAUAUCUUUAUUAUGUAAAAAAAUGAAGUGACCUUUGAGGUGCUCGGGGAGCAAAACAAUGGAAGGAAAUCAAACAUUUGCAGGAGAUUUUUUUGCUCAGCUAUGGAGUUUAGCACAAUCUUAUUAAAAAAACAGCAACCUUUGCACUUUUUGUAACUUGUGCCUCAUAUUCUUCUAAAGCUUUUUUUAUUAAAUAGGGUAAAGGGAAAGAAGUUAUACUCUACAUUAAUGUCUUAUUUUUAUAUCGUUUAACCUUCUAAUAUGCACCUGUAUUGAAUAAUUAUCUUAAAAUCAGCAUUUUGUUUUGUUUUUCGUUAAAUCAUUUUUUUUUUAACAUCUCAGAAUGUGAUUAUAUUGUUAUGCUUUAUCAUUGUCAUUGUUCACUAUCUAAGGAACCUUUGCAGUCCUUGUGAUUUAUACAUGUGUUGUCAAUCAUAACAGUCUUAUUAACACUUCUUAUGCAGUCAGUUUAUAAGAAUUGAACGUAUAUCUGUUCGAGAUGUAAUGCAUAAGCCCACAAAGCAUGAACAAUUUCUUGGCAAAGAUACUUGUUAGAUUGCUGGUUUAAUCAUGGAUGAAGUAUUUUGCUUACAAUCAAGGGAAACAAGGGAAUAACAAAACGAUUGUGCAUCUGUUGGAAGGGUAUUUAAAAGUGAAAAUCUGAAAUAAAGUCAAAAAAACCUCUUAAAUCUGGGUCUGCUUAUCUAAAUGCCUUACACUGCCACAACUGCUUUAGGAUUUAAAAAAUGUGAAAUCUUUUUCAUUUAAUUCAAUUUUUUUUUUCUUUCUCAAAUUCGUUAUUACAAACUGCAUAUAAUACUUGAUACUCACUGAAGGGAGAAAAGAAAAAAAAAUUAACAAGAGACAAACUAAAAUUUUCCAUUUGGUGGUGCAUUGCAAAAUAUAAUAAGGGCUGCUAUCUGACUGGGGUUGCCAAAUUUGCUGGUUUUCUAUGAAAAUAGGCUACUUUUAAACCUUUGCCGGUGGUUGAUUUUAUUUUAGUCACUUAAUAGGUUAAAUGUCUGUAUGCCUGUAUUGAAAUAUUUUAUUCUGUACGUUUUAUAUUCUACCAAUGAUAAAACUAUACCGAAUGAUUACACAGUAAAGAGAUUUUUGUAAAGGAGGUGCACUGGUAGGGAUUUCCAUUUCCAUGGUAACAGUUUGACUGGUCUCUACUGGAUUGCUGCUAGUUAUUAAAAAAGUAUGACAUCCAUUCUACAGACACGUCUGUUGAAAUUCCUACCUGUUAGGAAUACCUUGGAAGUUUUAAUUUCAGAUUGUAAUCUGUAAAUAGUUCAUUUUCGAACAGUAUUAAAAUAAAAGAUUACCUCCCCCACCAAA